AAUUAUAGCUUAACGAUGACUUCAAUUUAUUAACGAUUUUUAAUUUCAAUAGGUAGGUACCUAUCUAAUCUAACUUAAUGGGGAUAAUGUUAAGGUGGUGGAAAUUAAUUUACGCUUUUGUAUUAAUUUACUAAAGUUAAUUGAGUUUCUUUUGUUAUAAAAAUGUCAAGCAUAGGUACCUAGUUCCUAGGUAUUUCAUCAUAAUUUUUAAUAUUCAAAUGUAAAAUGACCUUUUUAAAUUGGUAGGUUAGCCGUUAGUCAUGUAGACGCGAGUCACUAUACGCCAAUCAGUAUUCAGUAUCUAGUCUGUGUUUGUGUGAGUGAACGUUGUACGCGUGACCUCGAAAAAGGAAGGACAAAAUAAUAUCUUGCCGUUCUAGAAGAGACUGUAAAAUGGAAGAACCUGCAACUAACAUAGAAGACUUGGAAGACGGAGAGAUUGAAAGUGAUGCUGAGGGUUCCAACGAAGUUCAAAAUGAAGUCAAAAAUGAAGAAGCAGUUUCGAGGGCUAGUGAUGAAAAUGUUAAUCAGGAUAACUCAGAGGUGCAAAAUUUUUACUUUUCAAAAUCAGGUAAGAAAAAGAAAUCUAAAUCAAAUAAAAACGAACAAAAGUUUAAAGAUAAAAAUAAAAAAAGUCGUAAAUAUGUUAAAUCAGAAGAAGAUUUCGCUAGUAGUGUUGAAAAAGCUAUAAGAAAGGCUAUGAACAAAACUGAUGCUAACGAAGCCCAAGAUGAGGAAGAUGUUGACGAGCGACGUAAACAUAAGAAAAGAAAGAAGUACGAUGGAAAGGAAGGUCAAAGUAAAAAACGUAAGAAGCAAGAUUUUUCAGAUGAAGUGGAUGAGAGUGAAAUGAUGUGCGUUAGGGGAGCCUCCCCAGUACAGAGACAGUCUCCUCAAGAAAUUUAUCAAGAUGAAGAUAGAGAAUCUUAUGAAUCGGACAGUAGCCAUGACUCCAGAGGCCAUUCAACUCAUCGACAACGACACAGACCACCUCAGCGUGAAAGAAAUAAAAAUAAAAAUGAUAGAAGACGAGGGACUCACCCGAAUCAAGACCCUGACGGUGUUUGCUUAUAUUUUAUGCAAGGAAAAUGUCAUAAAGGUGACGAUUGUAUUUAUUCUCAUGACGCUCAACCGCCACGAAAAAUGGAAUUGUGUAAGUUUUAUCUUAUGGAUUGUUGUGCGAAAAGAGAUAAGUGUCUAUACAUGCAUGCAGAUUUUCCUUGCAAAUAUUAUCAUACUGGACUUCCUUGCAUAUACAAAGAUGAAUGUAAAUUUGCGCACGGUAAACCUCUUAAUGAAGGUCUCAAAAAUAUUCUCUUAAAGCAUAUUGAAUCUGCGCCUAAGGAAAUUUUGGGUGAUUUUCCAAGACUAAAUAGGGAAGGAGCAAUGAAGAUGAUCCAAACUACACAACUUAAAUUAAUACAGCAGUUUUCAGAUAAUACAGAUGGUCAAGCGAGGAAUAUACCUUCACUUUUCGAUUUAAAUAUUUUAAAUCCGCAAAAUAAUUUUGAUUCAGGUCAAAAUAAUCAGUUUAAUAGUGAACGACCGAAUAAAGUUUCGCCAAAAGUACGUCAAUCACGAUGGCAGAAUGAUGAUCAAAGUUCAAACUUAUCUCCAAAUAGUAAUACAGGUACCAAUAACGUUUUAUGUAUUAAAAAUUUGAAUGGGGUUUUAACACCAAGGCAAAUUUCGGACCUUACUAAAAUGGGCAUUGAAAAUCUCGAUCAACUAGGUCAAUUGACUGUAUUGCAGCUAAACAGUAUUGGUAUAUCAUUAAAACAAAUAACUGAAAUUCAAUUAAAUACAAUGAGCAUUCAGAAAUUCGGCUUAAUAAAUAGUAUCGAGCAACAGGCUCCCUUUAUAGGAACCAACAUACCGAAAGACUUAGACCUACGUGUUCCGCCUGCAGCACCGACAUCUAAUAGUCAGACUAUACCAACUGAAUUGCCUGAGCAAGAUAUUGACAUGCGUUUUCUUCCAAACAUAACUACUGGCGUAAAAGAAGAUUCUUCUAGCAGUAAACCCAUAAAAAAGGAUACAAGUAGUAAAGAUAUGAUUGAUAUUGAUCAGUAUACUAAAGAUGCGCUAAAAUUUGCCACUAAAGAUAAGGAAAAUAUUGAUAAUUCGAAUGAAGCCGUAGAUAAGGAGAAAACUUUGAAUGAAGUGAAAGAUGUCGACCACCGAGUGCUUUCAUUCGUAGAAGCCGAUCCAACUUGUCAUCAACCUAUUACAGAAGAAAAUUUAUUACAUCCUGAAGGCGAUACUGACAUCCGUUUCCUGCAACCCGAACCCAUUUUUAAAAAUCCAGAAAAAAGAAACCGUCGUUCUACAACGGAUGACGACGAGGAUAAUAAUUUGUUGAUUGAUGAAAAAUGGUAUUCAAGCGAUGAAGAGAAAGGGAAUAAAAAGAAGUCCCCAUGUACUUCUCCACAAAAAUCAUUAAUGUCACCACCAGCACCUCAUGUCAUAGAACCAGCGGCCGUUUUGAGUAAACUCGGAGACCUUUCCAAAAUUGACAUCAGUGAAGAAGUCACAAAGUUGUUGAAUACGAUGAAAAACAAUUUACAGGAUAACAAAUUGAUUACCAGUGAACCAGCUGAGCAAAACGUUUCAAGAGAUCCUCGAUCCAGACGAUCUCCAGUUCGCACUACUGAAAAAGUUAUUAAAUCCCCCCCUAGAAAAAAACCUCUUCGAGUUUCAAUCUAUGAAUGUGUAGAUGGUGAACCUACUGACGGACGUAGAAGAAGUGAUGUAGAUUUACGGCAAACAGAUUAUAAAACUCCAAGCUUUGGUGAUACAGACUUGAGACAAAACACAAGUGGUGAUAUUGAUUUGCGUUUAGCUUUACCUUUUAAAGCAAUGUCUAAUUACACACCGGCGUCGGAGAUUAAUGGUUCUAUUAACAGUCACCCACCGAUUCCUUAUAAAUUAGUACCAGUUCAUAUUCCACGACCUGAUUAUACUGAUAUCAGAAACAGUACUGCAAAAUCUCAAGCCUUAACGGAUCCUAGGCUAAGAAAAGUCUUUAGGCUAUCAGUAGAAGAAUCCAAUAGUGAUAGUGAGAAACCUACUAAAAAUGUUAACACUGGUCCACGAAUAGAUCCCCGUAGAAAACCGAAAGAAAUCGUGGGUCAAAUUGAAAAUUCCCAUCUAGAACAGAAAUGCACUACGUUAGAGUUACAAACAAUUUUGCAAAAUUCUCUUUGGUACAAGGAAUUAAGCUCGACGCAUAAAAUUUUUGUUAACCAAAACUUAGCGCCCAUAACUCAAAUGAUAAAACAGUAUCAGCAAGAACAAAUGCCUGGUAAAAAAUUUGAUGUAACACCGAUCCAAAAUAAUACCGUAUUAUGUAGUAUUUUUAACAAUUUAGGUAUUACACUGGGAGAAAAUGGUGAGUUUUCAUAUAUACCAAAACCCAAAGAGGCUUUAUUAAAAACCCCAACAAAUUUCAAUCAAAAUACAAACCCGUUUUCCAGUAUGCCAGGACCUCCGAGCUCAAUGGAAGGUAACAUGAAUAUGAUGAACAUGCAAUCAAUGGGUGGGAUGAAUUCUAUGAAUCAUUUACACAAUUUCAAUCCGGGCUUACCUGAUCCAAGAGGCGGUCCUACUCCGGGACUUUUAGGUAUAGCACCGAACAUACCUCAUAAUUACAAUAACAACAAUAAAUUUGGAGGUCCUCCCAAUUUCGGAAAUAUGGGAUUUAACGGUCCUCAAGGUGAUUUCAAUUAUAUGGAAGGUGAUGCGAACUUUCAAAGAUUUCCUAGUAGAGGUGGACACCGCGGUCGUGGAAACGAUCGAUGGAAUCGCGGUGGUUCUGGAAGAGGUCACAGGGACCGAAAAAAUUUCAAUGAACGUGGCAAUUGGAAAAAUGAUAGACAUUAACUAUUGUAAAUAUAUAUAAAUUAGUGUACUACAUAAUACCCUUCCACAUAUUACAAAAUGUGAUCAAGGUGAUAAUUGUAUUAAUAAUAGACGUAUUAAGAUUUUUAUAAUUUAUUUUAUCCUGAUGGAGUAAGAUAUUCUGUACAAGGUCAUAAAUAUAGGUAGGCAAUAGUGUAUAUAUUUUUGAAAGUAAAUGGAUUAAUUAAUCAGGUAAUAAUUAUUAUAGUUUCUGAUAAGGUUAAUCAUAUAAAUUAAUUAGAUUUUUAAUAGAAGAAACAAAUGAAUUGUUAAGUUCAUUUUAAAAAGUACUCAUUAUACGAGCCAAAUGUUUUAAGACUGAGUGCAGGUUUAUAAUCAAGUUUUUAUGUUUAUAAUAAUUUUAAUUAUAUUUUAUGAUGAUCAAACUAUCAUGAACUUGGUGAUAAUCAUCUUGCAUACAUAAAAUACAUUUUGAGGUAUAGUUCCGUCUUAUAAAAAGGAUAGCAAUAAGUUGUAGGAUUGCAAUUAACUUAAUUUAGAGAAAUCAAGCUAAGGUGUCCUAAUCGAAAGCAAUAUGAUCCGUAACAUUAAUUUUAAAACGUUUUUGUAGAUAUAGAAACACUUGGCUUCCGGUCUUUUUGAAAAUAUGUAAUGUAAAAGUUGUAUAAAGAUUAAAGCCUACUCAACGGCUUAAACUUAAAAUAAAUAUAUCUUUAAUACAUUAA